AUGGCCGUUGUGCGGACCUUUGUAAAGUGGUACGACCAAUACUUCCCACCCUACUUCCCCCCAUGCAGCACCCCACUUCCCCACAUGCUCCUACCCCACUUCCCCACAUGCCAUCACCCCACUUCCCCACAUGCAGCACCCCACUUCCCCACAUGCUCCUACCCCACUUCCCCACAUGCUGCACCCCACUUCCCCACAUGCUCCUACCCCACUUCCCCACAUGCAGCACCCCACUUCCCCCCAUGCAGCACCCCACUUCCCGACAUGCUCCUACCCCACUUCUCGACAUGCUCCUACCCCACUUCCCCACAUGCAGCACCCCACUUCCCCACAUGCUCCUACCCCACUUCCCCACAUGCUCCUACCCCACUUCCCCACAUGCAGCACCCCACUUCCCCCCAUGCAGCACCCCACUUCCCGACAUGCUCCUACCCCACUACCCCACAUGCCAUCACCCCACUUCCCCACAUGCUCCUACCCCACUUCCCCACAUGCUGCACCCCACUUCCCCACAUGCUCCUACCCCACUUCCCCACAUGCAGCACCCCACUUCCCCCUAUGCAGCACCCCACUUCCCCACAUGCUCCUACCCCACUUCCCCACAUGCUCCUACCCCACUUCCCCACAUGCCAUCACCCCACUUCCCCACAUGCAGCACCCCACUUCCCCCCAGCACCCCACUUCCCGACAUGCUCCUACCCCACUUCCCCACAUGCCAUCACCCCACUUCCCCCCAUGCAGCACCCCACUUACCGACACGCUCCUACCCCACUUCCCCACAUGCCAUCACCCCACUUCCCCACAUGCAGCACCCCACUUCCCCACAUGCUCCUACCCCACUUCCCCACAUGCAGCACCCCACUUCCCCACAUGCAGCACCCCACUUCCCCACAUGCAGCACCCCACUUCCCCACAUGCAGCACCCCACUUCCCCACAUGCAGCACCCCACUUCCCCACAAGCAGCACCCCACUUCCCCACAUGCAGCACCCCACUCCCCCCCAACGCCUUCACCUCCCUUACCCACAUGCUGCAUCUCAUUUGCGUACAUGCUGCACCUCCCUUCCCCCAUUGCUACACCUCCCCAAACCCCUCCAUACACCCAUAUCAACCACGCCACAGGCUGCGGCACAGGGGCAUUCCGUCUUAA